CCGCAUAGAAACCGGGUCAUUAAUACUUCUUGCCAUUUAGUUCUAGCGAUCUAGGCAUAGUGGUGACUCAGCUGUUCGAAAAUUGUUCCCAAGAAACCAACCUGCGACAACAAAUGUUCAAUAUCAAAUAAUCUCUUCUCCGAAUUUUCACCAUUUUCCUUGUUUUGGGCAAAAACCAUGCCAGAAGGUCCCCUUAUUUAAGGCCGCGCCACCAAUUUGGUCAAGCAACAUUUCCGCCGCAGAUCAGACCAGAACAGGAUUACCUAGAAAAGUGAAACAUCAAAAGCUGAGGAUAAAAUCCUGAGUAAAAUUCAACUGGAAGGGAAUGAUGGAUGACAUACGGAAAAGGUUCAGUAAAUUUUGGGGUAAAACAAAUACUCUGAUGAUGGUGAAACCAACUCCGCCAUUUGAUUUCCUCAUGCAAAUUCCUGAGAAGUUUCAGAAUUGUUUAAAGCAGCAUUUGGAGCAGUCUCAGAAACAUCAGAAUAUACAAGACAGUGAAACUUCAAUGUUUUUAAAGAAUCACGGAUUUGAUUCGGUCAUGGAUGCCAGUCUAGAGAAGCAACUUCAGGCUUGGAAAGAAAAUCCCACUUGGGUUGAUCAUCCUCCAGAAAUAAAGGUCAGUGUACCUAAAGGAUCUCUCUGCAACCUCAAUGUCAAAUUCGAAGUUGGGUUGCCUCCUGAUGCAGUUUAUAACAUAGUUACUGACCCUGAAAACAAAAGAGUAUUCAAGAAUAUAAAGGAAGUAAUAUCAAGGAGAGUAAUGGUGAAUGAAGGUCAGAGGCAGGUAGUGGAGGUUGAACAGGCAGCCUUAUGGCGCUUCCUGUGGUGGUCCGGAGUCAUGUUAGUGCAUGUUUUUGUUGACCAAAACCGCAAAGAUCAUACUGUAAAAUUCAAGCAAGGAAAAGCUGGGUUUAUGAAGAGAUUUGAGGGUGCUUGGAAAAUAGACUCCAAUUUUGUGGACAAGGAUCAUUCUUUCCCAUUCGAGCCCAAAACUAUUACUGACUAUGAGUUAUGCUCAAAUGGCAAAGGAAGGAUCGGGUCAGUGGUGCAUUUGCAACAGCUGGUUGAGCCUGCCCUUCUUCCCCCACCUCCCAUUUCGUGGUAUCUAAGAGGAAUCACUACACGAACUGUAGAAAUGCUUAUCACUGAUCUUCGCUCAGAGGCUGCAAGGAUAAGAGGAGUUGAACAUGUGGAUUUUGUUGCAGAAUUUCACAAAUCUCACCUUGAUUGUGUGGAUUCAACCAAAAGCUAUCCUGGUGAAAAAUUGAAAGAAAGAUGGCACGAAAGGAGAAAAAUGAGAAGGCAUAAGCGGAAAAGAUUGCCCCCCCUUUAAUUAUUUCUUUUCUAAAUGCUAAGUUGGAACCAGGUGAAAAUGGAAACCUAGAUAGCACGUUGUGGAACCCGAUGCCCGGACCACCUCUGCAUACAGGUACCAUAAUGGGGGUGGUUCCUCAAAACUCUACACUUUUAUUGUAAACUAUUUUCUAUGUUAUUUUAUAUUUGGUAAACAUUGUUUCCUCCCAAAGGUGCAACUCAGAAAGAAAAGUACCAAGGAUUGGUGUCA